ACCCAACCACGAUGGAUAUCGCACGGAAAAGCGCGCCCAGCACGGCCACUACAACCGCGACUGAAUCUAGGGCGGCCCUUAUCGAUUUCAAGAAAAUCUGUCGCAUAUGUGGAAAAACGGAUGAAACGCUUACCUCGGUACAUUCGCGGUACCAGAACGACUUGCGGGGCAAGAUUGCAAAGUAUCUGAACGUGGAUAUCGAGGAGAAUGGCACGCUGCCGACGAAAAUUUGCUUCUGCUGCAAAGACAUCAUCACCAAGUGGCACGACCUGUUCGAGAAGUGUCGUGUGAUGGAGGAACGAUUUGAAUCGAUACUAAAGUCCUGCGAAGAGCAACGGCAAACGGAAUUGCUAACGAACGGUACGCACGAUGAACCGACGGAUACGAAUAAUCAUUCAGCGAAGGAAGGUGUUGAGCCUGGUGGUGACGGAUUGGAGAGUGUUGCUAGUAUUGCCCCACAGCAAUCAGCAGCAUUACAGCACGAUCAAGAAUCUAAGAAAAGUCAAAAAUCUUCAUCCAAAGGUAGAACAAUUACGUGCACAUUUUGUCGCACGAAUGGUGGUACCGCCAACGGUAACACACGAUUCGAUUCUCAAACGGCACUAGUAGAUCACCUGAAAGAUCAACAUUGGGAACAAAUCUUUCACUGCGAGCAGUGUGAUAACUAUCUAGACCGCGAUAUCCUUAUCGAGCACAUGACGAUGCAUGCAUUAAGCUUACUGCAACCCAUGUCCGUUACUGAGGGAACGGAACAGGAGCCGGAAAGCAUGGCUUCCGGCUCAGGCGUGGGAGAAGAGGAGCCCGAAGGCGAGCUGGAAGAGGCUGAAGGUAGUCAACAAACGACAGAAAUAAAAUCGGGAGAAGGCAGCACGAACAAGGAAAAUGACGAGAAGGAUCUGCCGGCCGCUGCACCAGAAGCGAUAAAAACCGUGGAAGGACGGAAGCUAUAUUGCUACAUCUGCGAAAAGACGCUCGGCAAUCGAAGUGCAUACUCCUACCACGUGAACCAGGUGCAUUUGAACAUAAAAAAGUUCGAUUGUACAUUCUGCGAGAAAAAGUUUGGCAAUCGCCGUCUACUGAACAAUCACAUUGCCAAUCUACAUUCGCGGGAACGUAAUUUCGGAUGCACCGUGUGCGACAAGCGGUUCAAAACGAACGUCGCGCUGUACAAUCACAUGCGUGUGCAUGACGAUAAGCUACAGUUUAGUUGCCGAUUUUGUGACAAAAAGUUCCGGUUCCGGAAUCAUCUCGUCAGCCACGAGCUGGUCCAUCUGGAUGAGCGUAACUAUUCCUGCAGCCAGUGUGACAAGAAGUUUAACACGAACGAAUGUCUGCAAAAGCACAAACUGACGCACGUUACAACGGAACCAUACCAGUGUCCGCUGUGUGGGUUCAGCACGAAGCAGAAGCGCUACCUGGUUCUGCAUGCCAAGCGCAUCCACAUGGUACGAUAGACUGUUGGGAA